AUCGUAACAAAUUUCCUAAUCCUAUUGGAAAUCGGCGUUUAUCCAAAUUCCCUUCUUCUUUCUGUUUUGUAAUUUCUCUAUAAGUUGUUGAGUCUCAGAGUUUAGAUUUCACAAAUCACUUCCCAAUCUUCUUCUUCAUCAUCACAUCAAUUCUCUAAUUCCUUUUUGUUGCUAUGGAUGUUGAUUUGACUCCUCAAUUGCCGAAGAAGAUCUAUGGCGGUGAUGGAGGUUCCUACUAUGCUUGGUCUCCCAAGGAGCUUCCCAUGCUCCGUGAAGGAAACAUUGGUGCUUCCAAGCUUGCCCUCGAGAAGAAUGGCUUCGCUCUCCCUCGCUACUCUGAUUCCGCCAAGGUCGCUUAUGUUCUUCAAGGUAAUGGAGUAGCUGGAAUUAUUCUGCCGGAAAAGGAGGAGAAGGUGAUCGCAAUCAAGAAAGGUGAUGCGAUCGCUCUUCCGUUUGGCGUCGUGACGUGGUGGUUCAACAAAGAAGCCAUCGAUUUGGUGGUUUUGUUCUUAGGUGACACAUCGAAGGCUCACAAAUCAGGUGAGUUUACCGACUUCUUCCUUACCGGUGCCAAUGGAAUCUUCACCGGCUUCUCCACGGAGUUCGUCGGGCGAGCCUGGGAUAUGGAUGAGGCAUCGGUGAAAACUUUGGUGAAAAACCAAACCGGAACCGGAAUCGUGAAGUUGAAGGAAGGAACGAAGAUGCCAGAGCCGAAGCAAGAGCACCGAAACGGAAUGGCAUUGAAUUGCGAGGAGGCGCCGCUGGAUGUGGAUGUGAAGAACGGAGGACGAGUUGUGGUUCUGAACACGAAGAAUCUGCCGCUGGUAGGGGAGGUUGGAUUGGGAGCAGAUCUGGUUCGAUUGGAUGGAAGUGCAAUGUGCUCGCCUGGAUUCUCAUGUGAUUCGGCAUUCCAGGUGACAUACAUCGUGAAAGGAAGCGGAAGAGCGGAGGUUGUAGGAGUGGAUGGGAAGAAGGUUCUUGAAACAAGAGUGAAAGCUGGAAAUCUGUUCAUUGUACCGAGGUUCUUCGUGGUAUCGAAGAUUGGAGAUCCGGAAGGAAUGGAGUGGUUCUCCAUUAUCAGCACUCCCAACCCUGUUUUCACUCACUUGGCUGGCAGCAUCGGCGUCUGGAAAUCUCUGUCGCCGGAAGUUAUUCAGGCAGCCUUCAACGUCGAUGCUGAUUUGGUGAAGAACUUCUCUUCCAAGAGGGCUUCCGAUGCCAUCUUCUUCCCUCCUAAUUAGAUUCAUCUUCAUCUUCUUCAAUAAAGUCUCUGUUUUUUUUCUGUAGAUUUUCCUGUUCUGUUUCUCUUCUGCUUCUAUAAUCUUCAAAGUUUGAAGUACAUUAAUAAUAUGAUUUCUUUCUUUCUUUC